AUGAAAAAUUUAAUAGUGUUAGCGAUAGUAUUUGCCGUUCUGGUUCAUUCUUCGCAUCAGCUGAGUCGGCAUGAAGUGUUGUCGAAAUUUGUAGAGAAGAGGAGGUCUGGUGUGACGAGUGAGGCAAAGGAAUGGGUAGCUCCUUCUCCUUCCACUAGCAGUAAAUAUGGAUGGAAGCUCAAUCAAUACGCUCAAGACGGAUUGCAGGAGAAUGACAAAAUAACUGCUCUGCCUGGCCAGCCAGAAGGAAUAACUUUUGCACAGUAUGCGGGGUAUGUGACGGUUGAUGCAAAGGUGGGGAGAGCACUUUUCUACUAUUUUACAGAGGCCACUGAAGACCCAUCUACAAAGCCUGUGCUCCUCUGGCUCAAUGGAGGGCCGGGAUGCUCAUCUUUUGGCAUUGGAGCAAUGACAGAAUUGGGUCCAUUCCGCGUACAACCAGAUGGCAAAACUCUUUCUAAAAAUCCAUAUGCAUGGAACCAAGUGGCAAACACCCUGUUUUUGGAAUCGCCUGCCGGGGUUGGAUUUUCAUACUCCAAUACCACCUCUGACUAUCGAAACGCGAAUGAUGAUAACACUGCUCGAGACGCGUACACGUUUCUUCUAAAUUGGUUUGAAAGAUUUCCACAGUAUAAGAAUCGAGAUUUCUAUAUAACAGGGGAAAGCUACGCUGGGUUUUAUGUGCCUGAAUUAGCAGACACUAUUCUUAAGAAUAAGAACUCCCAAACAUCUUUCAUAAAUCUCAAGGGAGUUAUGAUUGGAAAUGGGAUAAUGAAUGAGGAGACAGAUAACUGUGGUUCUACCGAUUACGCAUGGUCACAUGCAUUGAUCUCAGAUGAAGAUUAUGCAAAUCAGCGUUGCACUUCAUCUCCUUUGAGCUACACAACACACAACACAUUUCCAUCUCGAGCACAAUCUACCGAAGGACAAAUAGAUCCCUAUAAUAUAUAUGCACCACUUUGCUCUUCUGAUUAUAAUCUAAAGUGGGCGUCUUCUACUUCUAUUGAUGAUACCUCUACGAAUGGAUUAGAUGGAUUCGAUCCAUGUAGUUCUGAUUAUGUAUUAACCUACCUUAACACACCAGAAGUGCAAAGUGCUAUUCAUGCAAAUAUAACAAACUUGCCUUAUGAAUGGACUGAAUGCAGUGGCGUACUUUCAUAUAGCAGCAAUGCAACCACAAUGUUUCCAAUUUAUCGAAGAAUGAUGGCAGCUGGAUUAAGAAUACUCAUCUACAGUGGAGAUGUGGAUGCAGUGGUUCCUGUUACUGGUACAAGAUAUUCCAUUAAUGCAUUAAAGAUUCCAAUUGUGAAAGCAUGGUAUCCUUGGAUGAACACAGAGCUAGAUGUGGGGGGUUAUAGUGUAAUUUACAAGGGCUUGACAUUUGCAACUGUGAGGGGCGCAGGGCAUGAAGUGCCUAGUUAUCAGCCUUCUAGAGCCUUGACUAUGACCAAAUCCUUUUUGGCCAACAAACCUCUCCCAUCAUAAUAAUUCUACCUUUGGAUAUUGAAUAAUAGCAUUCAAAUAGUUUCAUAACUAUCAUUAUGAUUAGCAUAUGUACAAUCUAUUUAAGACAAGGA